AUGGAUGGGUUCGACGAUGUGGGCGUGUUCUUUUCCGACAACUUCGAUCGCGAUCAGGGACAAAACCCGGAUCAGAUCAACCUGCAGCAAGUGAAAAACAAGUUCCGUGAAUUCAUCCGCACAUUCUGCGAGGCAAACUUUUCCUACAAAUAUCGUGAUACCCUGAAGCGGAACUACCUUCUCGGACGUUUCUAUCUGGAGGUGGACAUUGAAGAUUUGGCCGGAUUCGACGAAUCACUGGCCGAUAAGCUGUACAAACAGCCGACUGAGCAUUUGCAAAUCUUUGAGGAAGCCGCGCGAGAGGUGGCCGAUGAAAUCACUUCCCCCCGGCCGGACGGCGAAGAGCUGAUACACGAUAUCCAGGUGCUGGUAAAUUCCCGGGCCAAUCCGAGCAAUAUUCGCGAGCUCAAGUCGGAGAGUGUAUCGCGGUUGGUGAAGGUUGCCGGCAUCAUUAUUUCGGCGUCGGGUAUUAAAGCGAAAGCGACGCGCAUUUCAAUCCAGUGCCGCACGUGCAGCAAUGUCAUCCCGAACCUACCGGUCAAUCCGGGGCUCGAAGGGUACCAGUUGCCACGCAAGUGCACCACGGAGCAGGCAGGUCGCCCAAAGUGUCCGCUCGAUCCGUACUUCAUCAUGCCGGACAAGUGCCGGUGCGUUGACUUCCAAGUACUCAAGCUUCAGGAGCUGCCCGAUUUCAUUCCGCAGGGCGAGAUACCGCGCCACAUGCAACUGUUUUGUGACCGGAGUCUGUGCGAGCGCGUGGUGCCCGGUAAUCGGGUGCUGAUUCAUGGCAUCUUUUCGAUCCGUAAGAUUGCCCGGCAGGGAAAGCAGGACGGCCGCGAACGGGCCAUCGUCGGUGUGCGGGCACCGUACAUGCGAGUCGUCGGUAUCACGGUCGACACGGAGGGUGUUGGAGCGAUUUCGCGCUUCAACAACAUCACCACCGAGGAAGAGUCGACGUUCCGCAAGCUGGCUGCGAAUCCGAACAUUUUCGACACACUGGCGGACAGUUUGGCACCGAGUAUUUUCGGCUCGAAGGACAUCAAAAAGGCGAUCACGUGUUUGCUGUUUGGUGGAUCGCGGAAGCGCAUGCCCGAUGGCUUGACGCGGCGCGGGGACAUCAACAUCCUGCUGCUCGGUGAUCCCGGUACGGCCAAGUCGCAGUUGCUGAAGUUUGUCGAGAAAGUGGCACCGAUAGCGGUGUACACCUCCGGGAAAGGUUCCAGUGCGGCCGGCUUAACGGCAUCGGUAAUUCGUGAUCCGGCAUCCCGGAAUUUCAUCAUGGAGGGCGGUGCGAUGGUGCUGGCCGACGGUGGUGUGGUCUGUAUCGAUGAGUUCGACAAAAUGAAGGAAGACGAUCGCGUGGCGAUCCACGAAGCGAUGGAACAGCAGACGAUAUCGAUCGCAAAGGCGGGCAUUACGACAACGCUAAACUCGCGCUGCUCCGUACUGGCGGCUGCGAACUCGAUCUUUGGCCGCUGGGAUGAUACGAAGGGGGACGAGAAUAUUGAUUUUAUGCCGACCAUUCUGUCACGUUUCGAUAUGAUCUUCAUCGUGAAGGACGAGCACGAUCAGAAGCGGGACAUAAUCCUGGCCAAGCACGUCAUGAGUGUGCACAUGAACGCCUCGAAAGCGACAUCGGAACCGAAGGAGGGCGAAAUUCCGUUGGCCACGCUGAAGAAGUACAUCCACUACUGUCGCAUGCACUGCGGACCGAGGCUGAAUGAGCCGGCCGCCGAGAAGCUGAAGAGUCAGUACGUGCAGCUGCGUACGGGUGUCGGUGAGCACGAGCGGGCCACCGAUAAGCGGCUGUCGAUUCCGAUUACGGUGCGCCAGCUGGAGGCCAUCAUCCGUAUUUCGGAGUCACUGGCCAAGAUGCAACUGCAACCGUUCGCGACCGAAGCGCACGUCAAUGAAGCGCUGCGGUUGUUCAAAGUGUCGACGAUGGCUGCCGCCAACAGUGGUUCCCUGGCUGGGGUCGAAGGUUUUACGACGGAGGAGGACACGGAAAUCUUGAAUCGCAUCGAGAAGCAGCUGAAGCGCCGUUUCGCCAUCGGAUCGCAGGUAUCGGAGCAGAACAUCAUCCAGGACUUUGCGCGCCAAAAGUACCCCGAAAGUGCCGUCCUGAAGGUAAUUCACACGCUGAUCCGGCGCGGCGAUCUCCAACACCGGAUGCAGCGGAAGAUGCUCUAUCGGCUUUCCUAA